AAUAAAUGUAAAGACGCGCGAAAUCUCAACGCAUUUGACAUUAACUGGCGCGCGAAGCAGACCUUUCACUUGCGCUUUUUUAAUUAAAAAAAAAAGUUUACGUCGAUUCGUUUUAGUGCGUCUGUGAAAAGACCUUUUACACUGUUCUGUACUUUUGUUAGUGUGAGUGUUUACUUUGUUCGAGGAACCCAGAAGUUACUUUUUAAUAUAAACGAUGGAGAUUGAGAGCGCAAACUGCAAGUUUCGUGUUUCUGAAUGUGAAGACAUUGAACAGUUGUCGGUCGACUAUCCCGUAAAGUGUGAGCGAAAAAUUGAUGGUUUGGAAACCCUCGUCCAAGAACUUCACAGGGUGUUCUCGAAGAGCCACGUCAAUAUACAGGAGGUCCAGAGUUUGAUGUCCGCUUACAAAUCCGAUCCAAAGCAAUGGAGGAAGUUCGCGAAGUUCGAUCGUUUUCGGUAUACCCGCAAUCUAGUGGACGCGGGUAACGGCCUGUUCAACAUAAUGAUACUAUGCUGGGGGCCCGGACAUGCCUCCGCAAUACACGACCACGCAGACUCCCAUUGCUUCAUGAAACUCCUUAGCGGCAGCUUAGAUGAAGUUAGAUACGAAUGGCCGAACAACGUCGAACCUGAAAUCGCAAAGAAGCUAAAAACAAAAUCCAACAGACGCACAUUAUCAGAGAAUGAACAAAUCACCGAAAACAGCACCAAUUUGGACGUCAACGAAAAUGACAGGUGUCAGAAAAGCUAUCAAAAUGGCCGAGAUGGCUGUCAAAAUGGACACAAUGAGGAAGAUUGCGGUUAUGAUGCACAGAGUAUGAAAGAAAUUGGUCGAACGAGAUUGGAAGUAGAUGACGUUUGUUAUAUCAACGAUGCCCAGGGUCUGCACAGGAUGGAGAACCCAUCUCACGUGGACGGAGCGGUCUCCCUCCAUCUCUACUGCCCGCCCUUCGACAGUUGUAGGGUGUUCGAUUCUCGGACAGGAAAAUCAACGGAAGUCAAAGUCACCUUCUGGUCCAUGUAUGGAAAGAAGAAUAAAAUGGUUAUAGAAACAAACCCAUCUGACGAUCAAGAUUAAAUUAAAAUGGCGGACAAGACCAGAAAGGGUGCUACAAUUUACAUUUAAGUUUAAUAUUCCGUAAAAAAUAAGACUGUAAUUAUUAAGGAAAAUAAUAAAUAAUACUAAGAUAAAAUUAUGUAACUUUGAUAACAUAGGAGUACUUUUAUAAAUAUGGAAGUGUUUGUAGUUUGUUAAUCCUACUAGUCAAAUCAGCGACUUUUUAUCAAACGUCAAAACCGCACGUAGCGUAAAAACCUAAAAUUCGCAGUACUUUUUUAGUUAACAGGGCUCUCUCCGUCACUCGUUUCAUACAAACGUAGUUACAAUUUCAUUUGAA